AGCUCACUGAUGGGACUUGACUUCCUGUCCCUGAACGCAGCAGCAGCAGCUUUUCUCCUCUGAUCAUCUCCAGCUUCGUCUUUUCUCAACCAGUCACUCAGGAGCUGAAGAGACUCGGAGCUCGAGCAGCGGCUCUGCUGACACCUCCUACCCGGAACCAGUGCAUGACAGCCCGGCUGGACUUCACUCCGUCACCCGCCCCCCCCCACCUCACCACUCCGGUGCAACUUUUCUCUGCAAACUUGCUUCUUCUGCCUCAAAGACUUUGACUUUGAGUCCAUGAGCUGAACGAGGAACGAGUGCUGAACAUCUUCUCUCUCUCUCUCUCUCUCUCUCUCUCUCUCUCUCUCUCUCUCUCUCUCUCUCCUGGAUUGUUUCACGAGCUCAUCUCCUUCCUCAGAGUCGGUGUCACUGUUGUGUUGCUGACACUCUGAGCAGACUCACAACAAGACUCUGGCUAUCGCCUGGUUCCAGACAUGAAUCUGAGGAUUUGCUCCCUGUGAGCUCCUGUGUUCGUUACUCUGCUCCUGCUUAUUUCAAAGUUGUCUCACGAUGACGUCACCACAGUGAAGGAAAGAAGAGACAAAAUGACUGUGUCCUUGUGAUGGAGUAAACCUGCUGAUCCUCAGACUGUCUGUAGCCGUGAUGGCCGCCGCCUGUGCAGAGAGGGACCAGCCGCACCUGCAGCUCCAGGAAGUGGACUCCAGCCGAGUGAGGAGCUGCGUCCUGUCUCCGAUCCUCAGCUCGUCCUCUCCCGGUCUGUCCCUCGACGGCAGCCAGCCCAUCUGCAUCCCGUCCCCGUACGCCGAACUGGGCCACGACUUCGCCACCAUCCCCUUCUACAGCCCGACCAUCUUCAGCUACGCCGCUCCCAGCAUCUCAGAAUGUCCCUCCGUCCACCCGUCCCUCAGCCCGUCCUUGUUCUGGCCCGGCCACGGCCACAUGGGGCCGCCCAUGCCCCUGCACCGCUCCCAGGGUCGACCCCAGCACGCCCAGCCCAUCCAGAGUCCGUGGGGGGAGCUGACGCCGCGGGACAGCGUCCUGACAAACAGUAAGAGCGUGAGGAGGCGUUCCCAGGAGAACGAGGACGGCCUGGUGUCGUCCGGCGGAAAGUCCGACCUCCACUACUGCGCCGUGUGCCACGACUACGCCUCGGGCUACCACUACGGAGUGUGGUCGUGUGAGGGCUGCAAGGCCUUCUUCAAGAGGAGCAUCCAAGGACACAACGACUACAUCUGCCCGGCGACCAAUCAGUGCACGAUAGACAAGAACCGGCGUAAGAGCUGUCAGGCCUGUCGCCUCCGGAAGUGCUACGAGGUCGGGAUGACCAAGUGUGGGAUGCGAAAGGACCACGGGAGCUUCAGGAACACCAAGCCAAGGCGGAUGACACGUCUUUCCUCGCAGGGCAAAGCCGGCGGACCCAAGGCUGUGCCCGGACCAGUGGCGGCGGCGCUGAUGAACGAGCUGCAGCCCCCAGCGCUGACCCCGGAGCAGCUGAUCGAUCGGAUAAUGGAGGCGGAGCCGCCGGACAUCUACCUCUUGGGGGACACGAGCGGGACGCUGACCGAGGCCAACGUCAUGAUGUCACUCACCAACCUGGCCGACAAGGAGCUGGUUCACAUGAUCACCUGGGCCAAGAAGAUUCCAGGGUUCGUGGAUCUGGGCCUGUUGGACCAGGUGCACCUGCUGGAGUGCUGCUGGCUGGAGGUGCUGAUGAUGGGACUGAUGUGGAGGUCGGUGGAACAUCCUGGGAAACUCAUCUUCUCCCCCGACCUCAGCCUGAGCAGAGACGAGGGGAGCUGCGUCCAGGGCUUCUCCGAGAUCUUUGAUAUGCUCAUCGCUGCCACGUCCCGAGUGAGAGAGCUCAAGCUGCAGCGGGAGGAGUACGUCUGCCUCAAGGCCAUGAUCCUCCUCAACUCCAACAUGUGCCUCAGCUCGUCCGAGGGCAGCGAGGAGCUGCAGAGUCGCUCCAAGCUGCUGCUUCUUCUGGACGCGGUCACGGACGCUCUGGUGUGGGCCAUCGCCAAAACGGGCCUCACCUCCCGGCAGCAGUACACACGGCUCGCUCACCUGCUCAUGCUGCUCUCACACAUCCGCCAUGUCAGUAACAAGGGCAUGGACCACCUCCACUGCAUGAAGAUGAAGAACAUGGUGCCUUUGUACGACUUGUUGCUGGAGAUGCUGGACGCCCACAUCAUGCACAGCUCCCGCCUGCCGCGCCAAGCCACCCCCCAGCCGGAGUGCAAGGAGCAGGGGGAGGUUCCGGCUCAACCCCCCUCCGGGAACAGCUCCUCCACCACCUGGACUCCCGGCCCCUCUGGAGACGGAGGUGAAGCCCAGUAGAUAAAUGGAGGAACUCGCACAGGAGGAAGUUUCACCGGCUUUGCACAAAUACAUCCACAGGACUGAUGUGGAGUCUCGUGAGCUUCUCAAAAUCCUUCGUUUCAGCUUUAAAAGAAAGACCAAACUCGUUGCACGGUGAAAAACCAGAGUGGAAUGAGAAGAAGAACCAACUUUACAGAUAAUGAUCAGCUUCUUGUGCAAAGGGACAGGACGUCCAUGUCCUUUGCUGAAGUCAUCAUGAGGAGAUGUUAUUACCAGAGAUACCACAGCUCGAGCCACACGAUAACAUCAGCUAUGAGCAGGAAAUAAAGGCCUUUGCAACACUUUGGUUAUUACAAUAUAUUUCCAGAAGAUACCAGAGAUCCCUGAUAACUCAAGGUAACAGAUGAUGGGUCAGUUAAAGGUUGGUGUGUUCCUCUGCAGAGAAAUCUCCAUCGUGAGCACUUGUGCAUUGUUUUGUGUCGUUCUGCAGUUGCACCUCCGGAACACUAGUUGGCGAUGAAGUUUCUAUGCCACUUGUUGAGUUUCUUAAUUUAGGUCAUAGAAACUCAGCGUGUGACGGUAGAGUCGGAGCCAAUAGAUGUGAGUGUGUACGACCAACGAAUGCUAGGAAGUAAUGCUAAUAAGUGGACCACUCCUGCGUUGUGUAGUUGCGUUACUAAGAAGAUCAAGUCGAGCUACAAAGUCACUUGAUCUUCUGCUGUUGAGUCUAUGCAGAGGUAUUAAAACUGACCUUAAAGCCGAAAUCUAAAUCUGUGCAUUGACAGAUCUUCAUAAACAAAAUCUAAGGAGCCAUAGUUUGUUUUUCUUAUUCUUAAAGUUCACAUCACAAACCCUGACAUCUGUUCGUUUGUUGUAGGUCAACAGAGGAAGAUCAAAUGUUAUCGAAUUUACGCAAAGAACAUCUUAGAGAUUUUCUUUUCGGAAACCACUUGAUGCGUUAACGUGCCUUUUUCUGGUUGUUGCCAAGGAGGAGGGUCACGUCACUAAUGACAAACAAUAACACAAACUAAGUGAUUCAAAUGAAACUAAGCCAGAGUUGUGGUUUGGAUCCAAUUCAAAGUUUCAGCGACAAAGUGUCAAAGUACGUAAACUAAAGUGUUUUUCUUUUUAACCACUGAAAGGCUGAGAUGCUUUUUUGUGUCCGACAACACUAUUACUUUUUUGUUUAACCAAUAAACCGCCGCUUCAUCGCUUUGCUCACCACCAGGCUCCGUCCACAGAACACAGGAGUCCCACAAUUACUUCUGCUUCAGUCGGUUAGCUUGUGUUGUUGUUGUGCGACUUUCAGAGGAAGUAGUCAGAUCCUUAACUGAUCACUACUUUGCCUCAGCACACGAUGGCAGCGCCCGGACAUAUCUGUACAGCGGAGAUCAUCUUUCCUUAUAUGCGAUCAUUGAGGGUUUUAAAAAAUAAGCUAAAUGAAAGAAAGAUCGGACAAUAAAGCUAGCUUGGGCGAUUUUAGCUAACGAACGGAAAAACCUUCAAACCGAAGUAAAUUGCUACGUUAUUUUUCAGUUUCAGUCAGAAACUAACUUUAUAAAAACCACUCAAAUGAAAUAAAUCUGAAGCCGAGACAGUUGAUUUGUUAUCGAGACAUUUGUCACAGCAAACCUUCACUUGACCACUAGAGGGAGCCAACUCUCGGAUAUUUGUCACCGUUCUGCCCCCGGCUUCAUCGACCCCGAGACGUAGUACUUUUAUUUUUUCCGUGACGAAUCAUAUCCACCUUUGCUUAACACGACUUUGCACUGCAUGAACACAUCGAGACGGACUUGAAGCUAAAGAAAAGAUUAUUUUUGUAUCGACAAUCACAACCGCCGUCAGAUUGAAGCUAGUUCGACAGAUUUUGAACGUCUGCACCAAUUCAGCUGCUCUGUCUGCUUCUCCUCUGAUUUCACAUCAUCACUGUGAACAUGUUCUUACGGUAGAGCCUGACUGAUAUGGAGCUUUUUAAAAGAUAACAAUUAAAAUUCCCAUUAUUCCUUAAUUCAUUAUCGAACCCUCAUGACAGAUAAAUGUAAUUGAGGCUUGAAAUUUUACAUUUUAACAACAAACGUCAUAAUUAAUAACUGAAGGUGAAAUUAAACUAAAAAACACCUGAAUUAUAGGAAGUAGAAAAUAAAAAUUAGGUAUUUUUACUUUGUUUGUUUAGUAAAAUAAAAGUAAAUACGUCUGUGAAAAGCUCUUAUAGGCUUUUUGUUUUUGUUGAAUUUUAUCCGUCAGGCUCUAACUUCGUGUUCUUCAUAAUCCAAAUAGAAUCUCAUACCAGCUUCAUUUCUAAUGAAAACUUUUAAUAGUGAAUAUGUUAAAGUAAUUGUAAAUGAAAGGACUAGUUUUUUUUUUCUCGUGUCAAUAAUCAAAUAUCUUCAUAUGUUAACUUGCAAAUCAUCACUAAUGGAAUAAUGUCAGUGUUUUGAGUUGCUGUCAGUUUUAAUUCAUUUAUUCUUGUUGUAAGUUUUUUUUAAAUGUUUAUUCAUAAAACUCAUCCUGGUUUACACCACGAAAUAAAGCAAAAAAUAUUGUAAAGAUGCGACUGUGGCACAUUGAGUUGUGGUUUAUAAAUGCCAUUAAAAAAAAUGAAGUCCUCACUUUUA